AGUCAUUAUAAGCCACCCACUUCUUUAUUUUAAGUUGUGCCAUGGUCCUACUUCCCUUUUCAGAGUCGAGGGUUGGAGCCUUAGUAGAAUUCAUUUGCAUUUUCCACUGAGCGUACCACCUUCUUCUGCCUACUGGCCCGGCCCGAAAGCUGCAACCCCUCCCCGUGCCCUGGCCCUGGAAGCUGGGAGGAGAAGGCAAGAAACCACAUUCUUUUUCUCCAAGAAACACAUUCUGGAUCGUGAGUGCAGAGGUUUCCAAAGAGACCCCUGUGCGGUGAGCCUGGGAGAGCAAGGCCAGCGGCAGCACCUAGUAACCCUCUAACUGCCUCAUGCUUCAUGGACACAGGACCCCGGCUUUCCGGCACCCAAAACUUAACCCCUUAAACCAUCUUAGAAGCACAUUUUUUCUAAAUGUUAGUAACCUCAUCGGUCCUUCACAAGGGAAUAUCUACUGAGACACUGUGGCUUCUGUAACUCAGAGACUUUAGGCAAAGAAGGUUUUGUGGCGGUGACAAUGAUGAUGGUGGUGGUUGUAGCUGAAGUGUGUCCCCCCCAAAUUCAUAUGUUGAGACCUAGCCCCUAGUACUUUUGAAUGUGACUGUAUUUGGAGAUAGGGCCUUUACAGAGGUGACUGAGUUAAAAUGAGCUUGUUAGGGUGGGCCCUAAUCCAAUCUGACUGCUGUCCUCAUAAGAAGAGAAGAUUUGGACACACAGAGACACCAGGGGAUGCAUAUACACAGAGGAAGGGCCACGUGAGGACACAGGGAGAAGGUGGCCAUCUGCAAGCCAAGGAGAGAGGCCUCGGGAGAAACCGACCUUGCUGACGCCUUGAUCUUGAACUUGUAUCUCCUGAACUGCAAGAAAAUAAAUUUCUGUUGCUUUAACCAUCCCAUCUGUGGUAUCUGGUUAUAGCAGACUGAGCAGGCUAAUACAGCAGUGAUGGUGGCAGUAAUAAAAAUAAACAAUAGGUAGCACAUAUCAAGCACUUGCCGCAUACCAAGACUAUUUUAAGCCUUACUUGAAUCGUCUCAUCCAGCCCCCCGCCAAUCCGAAAUCGCCUGCCUUGGCUGGAAGUGGUGACAUGGGGCCUGGCUCUGGCCCCUUUGCUCUGAACCGCCACUGCACCUGUGGUAGCACCUGCAUAGUUCCGGGAACCACGCCAAGCGCCUCGUAGAUAAUCUUUCUCAUCGGCACCACAACUCUCCAAGUUCCCGUGUUUUAGAUGUAGAGACUGCAGUUUAGAGCGGUUCAGGGACACAGUGUUGGCUCACGUUGUGGUUUUGAGAAAGCCUGAGGGCCAGAAAGCGGUCCUGGGAGAAGCCCUCUGGGUGGGCAGUCGGAACCUUCAGGUCCAGAGGAGAAGCCGUCCCCUCACCUGGACUUAUGACCCGCAGCUUCGCCCCCAGCCUGCCUGUCGAGUUCCCCAAGAUGGGCUCUUUCCGCAGGCCCAGACCGCGCUUCAUGAGCUCCCCGGCGCUCAGCGACCUGCCCCGCUUCCAGGCAGCCCGCCAGGCUCUGCAGCUGAGCUCCAACUCGGCCUGGAACAGCGUCCAGACUGCCGUGAUCAAUGUCUUUAAAGGGGGCGGCUUGCAAAGCAAUGAGCUCUACACACUGAACGAAAACAUCAGGAGGCUGCUGAAGAGUGAACUUGGAUCGUUCAUUACGGACUAUUUCCAGAACCAGCUUCUAGCAAAAGGACUGCUGUUUGUGGAGGAGAAGAUUAAGCUGUGUGAAGGUGAAAAUCGCAUGGAGGUUCUGGCUGAAGUCUGGGACCACUUCUUCACUGAGACGCUCCCCACCCUGCAAGCAAUAUUCUAUCCAGUUCAGGAGAAGUGUCUGGUCUGCAGCGCACUGCUCUUUUCAUCUCAUCCUCAGUUCCACCCUGCACCCCUGCGAGAGGAUUUGAAGCAUUUAUGUGGAUGGUUCACUCCCUGUGUCCACAGACUUCUCCCUUCUCUGCAAUACUCACUCGGCCAACAGUGGGUCUUAAGAAGACACACCAGGGAGGGCCAGGAGCUGACUAUCCGCCAGAUCUCCCUGCUGGGCUUCCGCGACCUGGUCCUGCUGAAGGUGAAGCUGGAUGACUUGCUGCUGCUGGCCCAGCCCCAGCUGCCCUCAUCCAUCGUCCAGAUGUUGCUCAUCCUGCAGAGUGUCCACGAGCCCACAGGCCCAAGCGAGGGUUAUUUGCAGCUGGAGGAGCUGGUGAAGCAGGUCGUUUCUCCUUUCCUCGGCAUCAGCGAGGACCGCAGCGCCUCAGGCCCCACGUACACACUGGCCAGGCGCCACUCCAGGGCCCGGCCCAAGGUCACGCUCUUGAACUACGCCUCCCCGAUGACCGCCGUCAGCCGGCCCCUGAACGAGAUGGCCCUGACCCCUCUGACGGAGCAAGAGGGUGAGGCCUACCUAGAGAAGUGUGGCAGUGUCCGGCGACACACGGUGGCCAAUGCCCACUCGGACAUCCAGCUGCUGGCCAUGGCCACCAGGAUGCACUCAGGCUUAGGGGAGGAGCCUGGCGGCGAGGACAAGUGCCUGCUUCUGCCACCCAGCUUCCCGCCACCCCACCGGCAGUGCUCCAGUGAGCCCAACAUCACUGAUGGCCCCGAUGAGCCGGAGCAGGUGGCAGCGGGCAGCCAGGAGGACUCAGAGCUGAACUGUGCAUCCCUCAGCUGAAUGCCCGCCUCUGGGACCUCCCAGCUCCUGCCUGGCCACCAGGAUGAGGGUGGCUUCAUCCGCGAGGACCGCCAAGGGGAGCUCUUCCUUUGGGCAAUGCCGCCUUAUGCCUUUCCAGGUACAGGCUAGUGUGAGCGCCCUUGGGAAAAUCCCCGUCGUGAGCCUCUCCAUUUUCGUGACUGUGACCACCUACCUCUUGGCGGCCACACAGAUCCAACUGCCUAAUGUUCACCUUCUGACUUUCAGCCUUGCCUGCCUGACUCAACUCAAAUCCUCCUCUCUGGGCUUUCCCCUCAGAUACUGGACUAUCUGAUCCCCCCAGCCCUAUAUCGCAGUGCCCCUGGCGUUCCUAUAGCAGGAAGUCGUCCGACCCACACACACAGCCAGCAAGGAUGUGUUGGCGUGUGGCGUUCCCCUUGAGGGUCCUUGUGAUACAGAGGCCGAUGGGUGAAAAGAGGCAAUAGAGAGGUACCUCUUCUCUCCGUCUUGUGUGGAGUAAAAGUAGACUGCAGCCCCUCCCAAGCCUGACUCUGGGAAUGCAGCUUUCAUUUCAGUUUCAGAAUUACUGGGAAAGAGUGGCCCCACUCUUUCCAGUGGGUGAGGGUCUGUCCUCACCUAUAUCCAGACCCUAUGUGCUGCCCUUGGCUUUUGGCCUGGGAGGGCCACAGUGCUGGAGGAACCCCGUCUUUGAUUAAGCCUCAGCAUUCCCCUCUCAGGCUUCCUCCCCGACUCAAGGAACUGACCUUCCCGGUGGAGUAGCUGGUGCCUCCCUCCCUUUCUCAUUUCAGAAACCGACCCUUUUCCUAUUGUGGGGAUGGGGCCAGCUGAUACCAACCAACCAGUCUGUUCCUGGAUUUGACUUGAAUUUUUUAAAUGUGCAUCGUUUCAAAAAUAAAUUGCUUGCGAGUA